AUGUCAAAAUUGGAUAAAUGUGCAUUGCAGCAGAUCCCAAGAUGUGAAAACGAUAGACCGAAUACAUUGUCUAAGUUCGGAGUCAUCAUGUCGGGUAUAAAAGAUCGAAGGGUCACAGUGAUGACUAGGGAAACAGUAGCGAUUAAGGAAAUUUCAGAGGUGCAGUUAGUAGAUGAAGCUAAAUCGUGGAAAGAGGAGAUCGUGAGAUACUUAAGAGAUGGUGUCUUACCUGAAGAUCCCAUAUUUGCUAAAUGGAUGAAAUUCAAAGCUACUCGCUUCACUUUGGUCGCAGAUCAAUUAUAUAAAAGAACAGUUGACGGAUCAUUGUUGAAGUGUUUGGAUGAUGAAAAGGCUAAUUAUGUGAUAAGAGAAAUUCAUGAAGGAAGUUGUGGAAAUCAAUCUAGAGGGAGAUCGUUGGCUCAGAAGCUUAUGAGGCAAGGAUAUAUCUGGCCGGCCAUGGCGAAAGAUACAAUGGAGUUUGUGAAAAAAUGUGAAAGCUGUCAGAAAUAUGCAUCACUCAUGCACCUAUCGGCAACCCCGAUGGAACUUAUCAAGGUGGCAUCCCCAUCCAAUCAAUAG